GGUAGCAAUCGGGGAUCGCCCUUUACCUGGACUGCUCGUUAUAAUGUGACGUUAUCAUUAUGACAGCGAGCAAAAUCGUUAAUCAUUAGCGAAUAUUUAUUGCGUUAUCCGUAUCAUUAGCCAUUGCUGUCAAGACAAGUGACUUAUCUCGCAUUUCAUCGCGGACACCGCCAACCAGUUACAGCUGCUUGACUAUAGAGAACUCCACCCUCGCAUCGUCGCCGAAGCACAGGCAUAGCAACACGGAGUAGUUUCGCUGGGUUUCGCCAUGGAAAUCGCCCCAGAAAGUGCUCUGAGCUCCACCGGAGAUCCAGCCCGACAUUGCCCCGAGCGCGGGCGAGGACAUACUCCCUCAACCACUGACUCAACCAUCACGGUAUACCGUCCACAACUGGUCCACAAGAUACUUUGUUUAUACCUUGCUUUAACAAUUUUUCUUUGCUUACCAACGUCGAUAUUUUCUGCACCUGCCUAUCAUGAACAAUCUCACAAGAUUGUUAAUAACGAAGGACAUUUCCAAAAGAAUGAACAGUACUACUUCGAAGAUGCUGAGAAGCAUGUUGUAGCCCCCGUCAAAAAGAUGUCUCUAAUUAAAGAAAAACUAAGAGAGAAACUAUCGACUCGAGAACACGACAGGAUUAAUAUUAAGGCAAGGCCAUUCACCUUCAAGGCAGAAAUCAGCUUGGAAUGGAAAGAUAUGAAAGAUUUCUUCCGCGGUUUAGUCAAAGGUUCGUCGACAACUUCCCGGGAAAUCGGGGACGCCCGUUCGCAUCGAUCAGCCCGUGAUACGGAACCCGAGAUGAGCGCUGCCGAGUCGGGAGACGGACCCUGGAUAUCGAACCUCAGUCCCGCCGCCGUCGUCGGGACCAUCGUCGGGGGAACCAUCGGAAUCUUCGUCAUCGUCGUGUUGACGGUGAUCAUCUGCUCGUACAAGAACUACUCAUCGCUGGAGAUGCGGCAGAGAACGUCGGAUGUGUAUGGUGGCGGGAACGGGUACCGUCAAGCGGAAAGACGGAUGUAGGGACUUGAUUUAGUAAAACACAAAACUAUCAUGAUCAAGAAAAUAGUCAUCAACCUGGGAGAGGGAGUGAUAUGCCAGGCUCGUGCGGGAACUAGAUGUCGAAUUGAGGAAUAAUCAUUGAACCUGGUCCUGUUAUAGCAAAACUGAAUCAUCACCGUGUUAUGGAAUGCUUGGGACCCCCUGAAAAGUCCCUCGAUAGAGAAAAAAAAAAGGAGGG